AUGCUGGGGGGACCUCCACGUAAAUCAUGGAGAGAAUGUAUACGGAAUUUUACUUGGGCCUGGCAUACAGUGAUUAUGGGCACUGGGGGUACGUCUGCCCUGGUUCACGCAUUUCCGUACUGGAACGGUAGUCCGGCGAUCAAGGUCGUCACUUUGAUGGUUUUUUGUCUUAAUCUCCUGCUCUUUGUCUUGUUUACUGGGGCGACUGUCGCGAGAUACAUAAUGUUCCCUGACACCUGGCUCAAGAUGAUCCGACAUCCAACUCAGGGCCCACUCAUGGGUGCAUUUCCAGCGGGAGCUACGACAUUGAUCAAUAUAGCAUUAGUAGCCCAUCAAGAAUGGAACUUUGGAGGCACUGGUUUUCUAUAUACCCUCUGGGGUUGCUGGUGGCUCGACUCCAUUGUGUCGUACCUCAUCGCUUUUGGAAUGCUGCAUGCGAUGAUGGUGGAGCAGAAACACGCUCUUGAUACCAUGACUGCUUUUUGGCUACUCCCAGCUAUCAGUCUCAUCGUUGCAUCUUCAACCGGCGGUUUGCUCUCAAUUGCGCUAAAAGCUCAGUCGAUGGAGUUGGCCAUAUCAACAGCGCUGUUCUCGUUGACUAUGGUUAUCAUUGGUCUCAGUCUCGCGUUGAUGAUGAUCACGGUGUACCUCGCACGCCUUGUCAUAAGCGGUCCGCCAGAGAAGCUGCUUGUUUUGUCUUCUUUCGUCGCAUUGGGUCCCUUCGGUCAGGGAGGAUACUCGCUACUUAUUAAUGGCCAGAACCUGUCUGAAAUCCUUCCGCUGUACGUCUCUGGCACUUUCCCAGAGGCUGGAGGGCAGAUAAUAUUCUCGUUCUGUUUCUGUGGAGCUUACAUCCUAUGGUCGAUGGGCAUCUGUUGGAUCAUCAUUUCCUCCAACUCUAUAUUGAGUGUGCUCAGAAAUGAGGGGGCUAUACCCUUUUCCAUCACGUAUCAAGGGUUGAUUUUCCCGAAUGCUGUAUUUGCCCUUCUCUCGAUAAAGCUUGGGAACGUUCUGAACAGCGACAUUUUCCGUGGAUUUGGCGCAGCGUGGACAGUCAUUGUCUUCAUUCUGUGGCUCAGCAUCUUUGCAAGAACCAGCCUAGCAGUCAUCGACAGGUCCAUAUUUGUAGCGCCGGAUAUCGUAGUUCCACUCUUGCCACUUGAGUUUACCGACAGUAUAAAACCUGCGGGAACCAGCCAUACUAUUUCUAUACACCAGAGUAGCUUUACGUAG